UUCUCAAAGAAAAUGAAUUGGUCAAUUCGUCUUGCGCUUUUAGGUUUUGUGGUGCUCAGCACCCAAACUAUUUUCGCUGCCGGACAGGCAGCAACACCAUGGGAGAAUACGCAACUGGCAGAGGAUUUUAUCAUCAGUUUUCUAAGAUUCAUUGGACAAAGCGGUGCUUUCUCACCAGGCCAAUUGGAUGAUAUGUCUACUAUUGGAGAAACGUUGAAGACGGCAAUUGAAAAAAUGGCUCAAAGCCGAAAAAGUUCCAAGUCUAAACUGCAGGCCUUAAACAUGGCAUUUGCUUCUUCAAUGGCCGAGAUUGCUGUAGCAGAGCAAGGGGGUCUAAGUUUAGAAGCAAAAACUAAUGCCAUUGCAAAUGCCCUCGCUUCAGCCUUUUUGGAAACAACUGGCUUUGUAAAUCAACAGUUUGUAAGCGAAAUCAAAAGUCUAAUUUAUAUGAUCGCACAGGCAUCAGCAAAUGAAAUUUCAGGUUCAGCAGCAGCUGCCGGAGGAGGUUCUGGAGGAGGAGGCUCUGGACAAGGAGGUUAUGGUCAAGGAGCAUAUGCUUCUGCCAGUGCAGCAUCUGCAUAUGGGUCGGCUCCACAAGGUGCAGGAGGACCAGCACCACAAGGAUUAUCCCAACAAGGGCCCGUAAGUCAAGGACCAUAUGGACCUAGCGCAGCGGUCGCAGCAACCGCAGUUGGAAGAAGGCCACAAGGCCCUUCUGCACCCAGUCAACAAGGACCUUCACAACAAGGACCAGUAAGUCAAGGACCAUACGGACCUGGGGCAGCAGCAGCAGCAGCUGCUGGAGGAUAUGGACCAGGAGCGGGACAACAAGGCCCAGGUGGAGCCGGACAACAAGGGCCAGGAGGUGCUGGCCAGCAAGGACCAUAUGGACCCGGGGCAGCAGCUGUAGCAGCUGCAGGUGGAUAUGGGCCUGGAGCACGAGCUGGAGGUCCACAAAGUCCUAUUGGAGCUGGACCUUCUUUACCAAGUGCACGAGGACCACAAGGACCUGGAGGAUCAGGAGCUGGAUCACAGGCAGGACAACAAGGACCACGAGGUGCCGGAACUGGUGCUGCUGCUGCUGCAGCAGCUGCUGGUGCAGGUGGAUUUGGACCAGGAGCAGGAGGUCAACAAGGACCUGGUGGUGCAGGACCAUAUGGACCUAGUGCUGGUGGACAACGAGGACCUGGAGAAGUAGGACAACAAGGACCUGGAGGUCAAGGACCCUUCGGACCUGGUGCCGCUGCAGCAGCAGCCGCAGCUGCAGGUGGAUUUGGACCAGGAGCCGCAGGUGGAUUUGGACCAGGAGCAGGUGGACAACGAGGACCUGGACAACAAGGACCUGGAGGACAAGGAGGCUUCGGACCUGGUGCCGCUGCAGCAGCAGCCGCAGCUGCUGGUGGAUUUGGACCUGGAGGAGGUCAACAAGGACCUGGUGGUGCAGGACCAUAUGGACCUAGUGCUGGUGGACAACGAGGACCUGGAGGAGUAGGAAAACAAGGACCUGGAGGUCAAGGAGGCUUCGGACCUGGUGCUGCUGCAGCAGCAGCCGCAGCUGCAGGUGGAUUUGGACCAGGAGCAGGUGGACAACGAGGACCUGGACAACAAGGACCUGGAGGAGUAGGAAAACAAGGACCUGGAGGUCAAGGAGGCUUCGGACCUGGUGCUGCUGCAGCAGCAGCCGCAGCUGCAGGUGGAUUUGGACCAGGAGCAGGUGGACAACGAGGACCUGGACAACAAGGACCUGGAGCAGGAGGUCAACAAGGACCUGGUGGUGCAGGACCAUAUGGACCUAGUGCCGGAACUGGUGCUGCUGCUGGUGCAGGUGGAUUUGGACCAGGAGCAGGAGGUCAACAAGGACCUGGUGGUGCAGGACCAUAUGGACCUAGUGCUGGUGGACAACGAGGACCUGGAGGAGUAGGACAACAAGGACCUGGAGGCCAAGGACCCUUCGGACCUGGUGCCGCUGCAGCAGCAGCCGCAGCUGCAGGUGGAUUUGGACCAGGAGGUGCAGGAGCUGGACCACAAGCAGGACCAGGUCAACAAGGACCAGGAGGUGCCGGACCCUUUGGACCUGGUGCCGCCGCAGCAGCCGCAGCCGCAGGUGGAUUUGGACCAGGAUCAGGUGGACAACGAGGACCUGGAGGAGCUGGACAACAAGGACCUGGAGGUCAAGGAGGCUUCGGACCUGGUGCUGCUGCAGCAGCAGCCGCAGCUGCAGGUGGAUUUGGACCAGGAGCAGGUGGACAACGAGGACCUGGACAACAAGGACCUGGAGGUCAAGGAGGCUUCGGACCUGGAGCCGCUGCAGCAGCAGCCGCAGCUGCUGGUGGAUUUGGACCUGGAGGUGCAGGAGCUGGAUCACAGGCAGGACAACAAGGACCAGGAGGUGCCGGAACUGGUGCUGCUGCUGCUGCAGCAGCUGCUGGUGCAGGUGGAUUUGGACCAGGAGCAGGAGGUCAACAAGGACCUGGUGGUGCAGGACCAUAUGGACCUAGUGCUGGUGGACAACGGGGACCUGGAGGAGUAGGACAACAAGGACCUGGAGGUCAAGGAGGCUUCGGACCUGGAUCUGCUGCAGCAGCAGCCGCAGCUGCAGGUGGAUUUGGACCAGGAGCCGGUGGACAACGAGGACCUGGACAACAAGGACCUGGAGGUCAAGGAGGCUUCGGACCUGGUGCCGCUGCAGCAGCAGCCGCAGCUGCUGGUGGAUUUGGACCUGGAGGUGCAGGAGCUGGAUCACAGGCAGGACAACAAGGACCAGGAGGUACCGGAACUGGUGCUGCUGCUGCUGCAGCAGCUGCUGGUGCAGGUGGAUUUGGACCAGGAGCAGGAGGUCAACAAGGACCUGGUGGUGCAGGACCAUAUGGACCUAGUGCUGGUGGACAACGGGGACCUGGAGGAGUAGGACAACAAGGACCUGGAGGUCAAGGAGGCUUCGGACCUGGUGCUGCUCCAGCAGCAGCCGCAGCUGCAGGUGGAUUUGGACCAGGAGCAGGUGGACAACGAGGACCUGGACAACAAGGACCUGGAGCCGCUGCAGCAGCAGCCGCAGCUGCUGGUGGAUUUGGACCUGGAGGUGCAGGUAAGGGUUCUAUAAUGCUUGCAUAUAAACCAUCAUUUCAAAUUGCAAAUAUAUUUUAA